CUCCGGCUCCUCGCGGUGCAUGAUGGUCAGGUAACCGGUGGUGGUGAUAUCCCUGUUCGCUGCUCUACUCCCGAUUUCAGCUGCCGUUGCAUCUCCGGUUCUCCUGUAAUGGUGAAGAGACGAAGCGGCGGCAGCAGCAGCAGCGGCGGCGGCUGAGCUUCACUCACAGCUGGCCUCAUAGGAGGCGAGUCCCAAUGCCAUGGCUUCCAGCCACAGCUCCUCCCUAGUGCCUCGUGGUGGAGGCCGAGAUGGGAUCUAUCACAAGGAGCAGGAUCCCUUGGCCCCUCGGCGCCGGCCUGUCCGCUCCCUGCCUGACGUCUGCCCCAAAGAGCCCACAGGUGGGGGGCGGGGCUUGUGCGACGGCCCAUCUGUGGUGGCGGAGCACGACCGAUGGACGGUGUACAGCUCGAAGGUCAACCUCCCCGCCGCGCUGAAUGACCCCCGGCUCGCGAAGAGGGAGUCGGACUUCUUCACCAAAACGUGGGGGCUGGACUUCGCGGAGACGGAGGUGAUGCCGUCGUUCUACCUGCCCAACAUUGGCAGGGAGCACUUUGCAGCGUACCUGCAGGAGACGGCUCAGAGGGAAAAAAUCCAUGAACGCUGCAAAAGCAUUUGUCCCAACAAGGACGACCUGGACGCUAUCUCCAGUAUCACCACCAACCACGAAAAGUCCAGAGCUGAGCUGGAACAAGUCCCAAAGAUCUUCAUGAAGCCGGACUUUGCUCUGGAUGAUCCGAUCACCUUCAGCGCCGUCCUGCCCUGGUCGCACUUCAGCAGCUCCGGAGGGAAAAGCAGCCGCGACGUGGCAUCGUCCAAACUUCUGCAGGAGAAGCUGAGUCAUUACCUGGACGUGGUGGAGGUCAGCAUCGCCCGGCAGAUCUCCCUGCGCUCCGACGCCUUCUUCCACGCCAUGUCGUCGCAGCAUGAGCUGCAGGACCAGCUGCAGGAGACGCAGCGCGCCGUCGCCGUCCUGCGGGGACGCACCGCCGCCAUAGACCGCGUCAUGUGCCAGGGGCCGCUGCGUGCCCUGCGCACCGCGCUGACGCGCAACAACUGCGUGAAGCUGCACAACAAGCUGAAGCUGAUGGCGGCGGUGCACCAGACGCAGCCCACGGUGCAGCUGCUGCUCUCCACCUCCGAGUUUGUCGGAGCGCUGGAGCUCAUCGCCACCACCAAGGAGGUGCUGCAGCAGGAGCUGCAGGGAAUCCACAGCUUCAGACAUCUGGGCUCUCAGCUGUGUGAGCUGGAGAAGCUGAUCGACAAGAUGAUGGUGGAGGACUUUAGCAUGUACGCCCGCAGUGACCUGAGCCGCAGCCUGAGGGACGAGCCACUGGUCCUGGAGAAGGUGCAUAAACCAAACGCUGUUUCCCAGAAGGAGCGUCUGGAGUCGUUGGUGUUCGGCCUGCUGAGACAGAGGAAGCUGGACUUUCUGGACAUUUACAGUGAUGAGAUGAUCUUGGCUGCCAAAGCCAUCGUCAGUCAGUGUGUGGCAGAAAGUGUUUUUCACAUCGAAGAAAUCGACACAGAAGCCGUCACGAAGCUAGCUGAGCAGAUGCGUCUGAUGACGUUCCCUCAGUGGUUUGAGCUGCUGAAAAACGUCUUUGACAGUUUCCUUCUGUUUCUGCAACGAAUCAAGGCAACUCUGAGCGUGAUCAGAAACGUACUUCUGGAAGUUCUUAACUCGAACCAGAAGAACCGGCUCCUGGAGGAGGCGGGUUCAGGUGCUUCAGGCCACCAGUCUUCCCCUGAUCCGGCAUCCUUGCAGGGUGAGGCGGAGCUGGCGUACCUCACCCAUGAAGGUCUGUUCAUCAGCGAUGCUCUGAGUGAGGCCCAGCAGCAGCAGCAGCAGCAGCAGCAGCAGGUGUUGUUAUCCCAGGAUCCGAGCUCCAGGAUCCAGCAGGGUCCCCGCACCGAGGCGGUCGAUUCCGGAACCACAGAGAGCUUCGUCAUGUCUGGUGAACACGUGAUGCCGACCGAGACGGAGAUGAACCGCGUCAUCAGCAGCGCGCAGGAGCUGCUGCACACGGCGUCCGACAUCAGCCACGACCGCUGCGUCAAAGUCCUCACGGCCAGAGCCAAGGACGGCUCCCUGGAGCGUCUGAGCUCGGCGGAGUUCGUGUGUCUGUCUCAGGCUGUGGAGGGUUUCGUCAGGGACACGGAGGAGCUGUGCGGCAGGCGCAGCGUCUCCCUGAGGGGGGCGCUGCAGAGCCAGGCCAACCGCUUCGUCCACCGCUUCCACGAGGAACGCAAGACCAAACUCAGUCUCCUCCUGGACAACGAGCGCUGGAAGCAGGCGGAGGUUCCCGCCGAGUUUCAGGAGCUUGUCAACUCCAUCGCCGACGGCAAAAUAUCGCUGCCGGAACGCAAAACGCCAGGUCCAGACGAUGAUCCGAAGUUCUUUAUAAAUUAA